GUGGACGACUGUGGAGAACGUGCGUGUACAUGACAUGUGUCUGGAGGUAUGGAGCUCUGCGAGGACUCUCCAUAAACACAGAACAGACCUUCCAGACGUGAAUGUGGCGCUGUGUGUGUGUCAGGUGUGAUGCAGCGGCUGUGGGCUCCAGUGACGCUUCGGCGUGUGCUCCUGCUGCGUUCGGUGUACCUGCCUCACACCUGGGCAAUGCAGGAGCCUCCUUUAGCCGUCCUGAGCCCUCGCUACUUCAGCUGCACUAAUGCCAUCAGGGCAAAAGAAGCCCACAAAACGUCCACAGAGGAACAAGAGGAAGUGCCAUUAAACCCUCCACAGAGUCUAGCAGGAACCGAGGGCCUCUAUAAGGCUGAUUCAGAGCCUGUCCCACACAAUAAGGGAGAUAUCGACCCUCUGCAGGACAAAUCGAUUGGGAUCUUCCAGAGAUUUAAAAAGACUUUUAAACAGUAUGGUAAAGUCAUGGUGCCCGUGCACAUCGUCACAUCCACAGUGUGGUUUGGGAGUUUCUAUUAUGCUGCAAUGAAGGGCGUGAAUCUGGUGCCCUUUCUGGAGUUCAUUGGUUUACCGGAUUGGAUAGUGGGGAUUUUGCGAGAUUCCCAGGGUGGCUAUGCACUUACAGCUUAUGCCAUGUAUAAGCUCGCUACUCCUGCCCGCUACACUGUCACUAUGGGCGGCACGUCUCUGUCCGUACAAUACCUCCGCAAACAUGGAUACUUGUCCACUCCUCCACCUGUUAAAGAAUUUCUGCAGGACAAAAUGGAGGAGACCAGAGAACUACUGACCGAAAAGAUGGAGGAGACCAAAGAGAGGUUUUCAGAGAAGAUGGAGGAAACCAAAGAACUUCUCUCAGAACGGAUGGAGGAGACAAAAGAGCGCUUCUCAGAAACAAAAGACAAGUUCUCUGAGAAACUGCAGGAGACGAAAGACAAAAUGUCUUUCCGUAAGAAAGCAGACUAGCCCGCUUCGGAAAGAAUUAUUUGUUAUAAACUCAUAAGCGUAAUAUUGAAUAUGUCUGGUGUUGACUUAGAGCAGGGAUUUCUAAACUUGCUCCUGGAGGGUCAGUGUCCUGGAGAGUUUAGCUCCAACCCUAAUCAAACACAUGAACCAGCUAAUCAAGCUCUUACAAGAAAUACUAGAAACUUCAUGGCAGGUGUGUUGAAGCAAGUUGGAGCUCAAAUCAGCAGGACACCGGCCCUCCAUGACUGUGUUUGGUCACCCCUGACUUAGAGGGACUGUUUACCCAAAAAUGAAAAACUGCCAUUUAUUUAUUCUUCCUCAGGCCAUCAGAGAUAAGAUGUAGGUGUGCCUUUUCUUGAUUAAAAUAUUGAUGAGGACAUUUUAGUUUAAAAAACAAACUGGUCCAGUUAUUCAUGAAUUGGAAGUCUGUGGCUAUCAGCACUUAACGUUAUUUCAAUUCUCUGUUUGUCUGCACAUGCCAGAAUUGACAAUAACGUUGACUGACUUUAUAGGUGAUAUUAUAAACCAUGACUCCUGACGA